GUUGCUUUGUAAUGUGGGUGUGCAAUUAGGUUAUGGUUUGCAGAGUGAAUUAGUACUUCCAUAGCAACCUGCAGGUGUACCAGCUUAAUGGACUUGGAGUUUUUAAAAUUCUUUUACAUUUUUUACUUCAACAAGCAUUCAGCUUUCAAAGAGUUUUUUUUGCUUUCUUGUUCUUCUAUAUUGCAUGUUUUCUGUGGAUAUCUUUCCAAAGGUGGCCUUGCUGGAGGCAUUGAGAUCUGCAUUACUUUCCCCACUGAGUAUGUGAAGACACAGCUGCAGCUGGACGAGAAGGCCAACCCGCCUCGCUACAAGGGCAUUGGGGACUGCGUGAAGCAGACUGUCCGUGACCAUGGUGUCCGGGGGCUGUACCGUGGGCUCAGCUCACUGGUGUAUGGCUCCAUCCCCAAGGCAGCUGUCAGGUUUGGCAUGUUCGAGUUCCUCAGCAACCAGAUGAGGGAUGAGCAGGGCCGGCUGGACAGCACGCGGGGCCUUGUCUGUGGGCUGGGUGCUGGUGUGGCCGAAGCUGUGAUGGUGGUGUGCCCCAUGGAGACCAUCAAGGUGAAGUUCAUCCAUGACCAGUGCUCCUCCAAGCCAAAGUACCGUGGCUUCUUCCAUGGUGUCAGGGAGAUUGUUCGAGAGCAGGGGCUGAAGGGGACCUACCAAGGCCUAACUGCAACUGUCCUCAAGCAAGGAUCCAACCAGGCCAUCCGCUUCUUCGUCAUGACGUCCCUCAAGAACUGGUACAAAGGAGAUGAUCCCAACAAGGUCAUCAACCCCUUCGUCACAGGCGUGUUUGGAGCCCUCGCAGGAGCUGCGAGCGUCUUUGGCAACACACCCUUGGAUGUGGUUAAGACCAGGAUGCAGGGCCUGGAGGCACAUAAGUACAAGAGCACCUGGGACUGCGCCUACCAGAUCAUGAAAUAUGAAGGGCCCCUGGCGUUUUACAAGGGCACCAUACCCCGCCUGGGCCGUGUCUGCCUCGAUGUGGCCAUUGUCUUUGUCAUCUAUGAUGAGGUGGUCAAAUUCCUCAACAAGGUCUGGAAAACAGACUGAGUGGCUCCGCCAGUGCCGCCGGGCUGCAGCUGGAAAUCUAUGACCAAGUGCGGAGCUGCCAGCAGCACGGCCAAGGGUCCAAGUCUACCGUACGCGUCUGUGGACUGGGAGCACCACUCAGUGCUCCGUACACCUGUGCCCUUUAUUUAUAGCAGUGAGCUGAGGAGCAGUUACAUUAUCAGUUGUGUGUGAAAAUGGCCCAGGGAGCAGGGCAGAGGCUGUUGCCAGCAUUCCAGGCUGUGCCCCCAGACAAGGCUGGAAUCCUGACAUCGCACCUCAGGUACCACUCAUCCUGGGGUGCUGAGCACAGCCAGUUCCUGACAUUACUCAGACCCUUAAUUUUCCCUACCAUGGGGACAGCAUUUGGGAGAACCAGGUGCCCCCUGCUUGCAGUUUACAGUUGAGACGUGUGCGAGAGAGGGGGGGUGGAGGCACAGCCCCUGUCUCAGACUUGGCCCCUUGGCCUGUCCCCUCGGUGAGGGGCAACCUCCAACAUAAAGCCCUUCUUCCACAUUCCCAUCCUGCCCUCUCAUUGCUCUCCAGGGCAGCCCCUAGCUGCCCCUCUAGCUUUCAGACCCAGUACUAACACCUGUGCUACUCCAGCCUUUGUGCCAAAAGCUCCCUGGGGGGAGCAGAUGCAGAGCUGGAGCUGCUCCCCCCCUUCAUCGUGUUGUAACAUGUACAGCAUUAAUACUAGUUCAUGGGAGGGCAAAGGAAGAAAAAGAGAGCCUGGGAGCAAUUUUCCUUUGGCUUUCUUCUCUGAAGCCAGUGAGGGUUGGUUGUUUUUUUUUUGUUUUUUGUUUUUUAAUUAUUAUUCUGUUUUACACUUGCAAUUUGAAUAAAAUCAGUCUGGCUUUA